AUGGCCUAUGACUGUUACAUUGCCAUGUACAACCCCCUGCACUAUGGGACCCUCCUGGGCAGCAGAGCUUGUGUCUGCAUGGCAGCAGCUGCCUGGGGCAGUGUUUUCCCCUAUGCUGUGCUGCACAUGGCCAAUGCAUUUUCACUAUCCCUCUGCAAGGGCAAUGCUGUGGACCAGCUCUUCUGUGAAAUCCCCCACAUCUUUAGUCUUUCCUGCUCAAAUGCCCACCUCAGGGAAAUUUGCCUUCUUGUGUUUAAUCCUUGUUUAGCAUUUGGGACAGGCUGUUUUGUUUUCAUUGUGCUGUCCUACGUGCAGAUCUUCAGGGCUGUGCUGGGGAUGCCCUCUGAGCCUGGGCAACACAAAGCCUUUUCCACGUGCCUCCCUCACCUGGCUGUGGUCUCCCUGUUUAUAAGUACUUUAAUGUUUGCCUACCUGAAGCCCUCCUCUAUCUCCUUCCCAUCUCUGGAUCUGGUGGUAUCAGUUCUGUACUCAGUGGUGCCCCCAGCGUUGAAUCCCCUCAUCUGCAUCAUGAGGAGCAAGGAGAUCAAUGAUGCCCUGAAGAAACUGUUUGAACACAUAGUAUUUUAA